AUGCGACCUUUGCCCAGCAAGCGAAAUCCCCUGGUUGCGCCAGGCACAGCACCAUCCUAUGAGGAGCUGGUCAGUCGUCGGCGACUGGGCAAGACGAAGUUGACAGUCAAGCCGGGCCAAGUGGGAACAUCGAAUGCGACAAGGGCAGAAAAUCUGGGUCCCUUCGAGUACGCGCAUCUGCGGGCUCCCCUGCCGGAAGACCUCACGGGCUCCGAGAUCUUCGCCAGUCAGUCGAACCAAGCUCACCCAGAGACAUAUUUCCUCAUGAGAAGAAGUAAAGAUGGUUUCGUGAGCGCGACUGGCAUGUUCAAGAUCGCCUUUCCUUGGGCGACCCAUAUGGAAGAAAAGGAAGAGCGUGACUACCUCAAGAGCCUUGAAUCAACAAGCCAGGACGAAGUUGCGGGCAAUGUCUGGGUGGCUCCGGAAUUCGGUCCAGCUUUGGAACUCGCAGAGGAGUAUGAACUAUCGGAUUGGAUUCGAGCACUUCUUGACCCGACAGACAUUUCGCAGACGCCGUCAAGUGCCAAAAAACCAAUUGCCGCGCCUCCCAAAUUUGAUUUGCCCACUGACAAGGCUAAACCGAGCGCUCCCACGAAAGCGCCUCGUUCGAGAACCACCCGGUCUAUGUCUCCGGCCAAACUUGCAACCCCGAUCAAAGCGAAGGCAUCUCCCAGAAAAAGACAGACCAAGGCUCAGAAAGAGGCCAACAUAGCAAAUGCAAACGCUGCAAGCGCUUCUCUCCAGUCGGCACUAGACGACGCUGCAUCUGUGGUAGAAACAGAAUCCAAACCAGAGUCACCCGCUUUGCCUAGUCCACCGGCGACAAUCCCAGAGCCGGAAAUGGUCAAGGUUGAAGUGGACCAAUCCAUUGAGGUUGAUGGCACAACGGAGACUACACACACCAAUGUGACGGUCGAAAUGCCGGCCGGCUUGCCCCAACUACCGCUCCCCGAAGACACCGAGAAAAUGCUCGAGACGGCCCGAAAGAUGGUCGAAGAGGCCAAGACUCUGGAAAGCUCUCCAAAGAUUUCGAAGAAGCGCAAAGCGCAAGAACCAGAGCCCAGCGACAUUGACGCCGAGCUUCCAGCACAGCCUGCUAAGAAAGCGCGAGUACUGGAAGAGAAACUGAAGAGAGAAAAGGUGCGAACCAGGGCAGUUUUGGGUGUUACGGCGACUUUGGCUAUUGCGUAA